AUGUCGACAGCAAAAAACACGGCCCCCAACCAACCCGCAAAUGCUCCUGCGUCGGAAACACUCGAGGAAGGCGCCGGAGUGAUCAAGCUGGAUCCCUGGCUGGCACCCUACAAGCCUGAUCUCCUGGAGAGAUAUGCUGCUUACAAAAAAUGGAAACAGGCCAUCGAUGAACAAGGCGGCUACGAAAAGUUUACGCGUGGCUACGAGCGCUUCGGCUUCCAGAUUUCCGACAAGGGAAUCACCUAUAGGGAGUGGGCCCCCAAUGCAACCAAGGCCUUCUUGUUCGGCGACUUUAAUCAAUGGAAUCCUACGAGCCAUCCCAUGAAAAAGGACGAUUUUGGAGUAUAUGAGAUCUUUUUGCCCAACAAUGCAGACGGGACACUGCCUAUCGCACACAACUCCAAAAUCAAGAUCACCAUGAUCAAGCCCGAUGGUACUCGUAUCGAUCGGUUGCCAGCAUGGAUCCACCGCGUCACCCAAGAUCUGAGC